AGACGGUACUCGGUAGGUCGGUACCGUCGCGCGUGCGCGUGCAAGAGAGACAGGCUACUCUGUAUUCGUGAAGAAUAGAAGAGACGCGAGAAUCAGUGAAGAUCGGGGCAGAUCGGGGUAAGGGAGGGAGGCAGUCGACGUGCGUGAAGGGCUCGUUUCUCCGUGUUGCGCCGUUGGGGCCAAAAAUAGACAAAUGGUUGAUGAACGCGUCGUCGUCUCCGUCGUCGGUGGUUCCUCGCGCUUUUCCAGAAUGUCCCUCACGCCACUGAGAUUGUAGAUCACUCAACGAUCGAUCGAGCGAUUGAAGUGAUUCAGAGGUGAUCGCGCCGUCCUGGCCACCAUUCACCAUCUCCCGGGUGGAGAUGGAAGUGCUCAAGACGUCCCAGGAAAUCGUCCACGAAGGAUGGCUCAUCAAAUCGCCGCCAACCAAGCUCUGGAGAGCGCGAUGGAGAAAGCGAUGGUUUGCCCUUCGUCAUAGUGGAGAGCUACCUGGUCAAUAUUUUUUGGAAUAUUACACAGACAGACGCUGCCGUAAGCUCAAAGGUCGUAUCGAUUUGGAUCAGUGCGAACAGGUGGAUGCGGGUCUUCGAUUCGAAAAUCGUAAACAAAAGUAUCAGUACAUGUUUAAUGUGAAAACGCCGAAAAGGAUCUAUUAUUUAGUUGCUGAAAACGAAGCGGAUAUGAAUAAAUGGGUAGAUGCGGUGUGCCAAGUUUGCGGUCUGAAGGCAUACACUCAGGAUGAGGAGCAACAAAUGUUCCAAUACGAGUCUCAAGAAUCCCCACCUACUUCGCCCACUAGCACGAUCUCUGGUCCUUACAUUCCUAUUAGCGAGUGCAUUUCCGGUCGUCGGCUCAACGAUACUAGUUCCCUGAGUUCGGCUCUCGGACAAGGACCCGAACAUUAUGACGCGCCGAGAAGAUUGGCACCCUCGCCACCGCGAUCACCCACAACAACGGAUGCCGAGAGCGUUUUCACCGACGAUGAAUGGACAACGUGUGUGCCGAGUGCGAAUUGGGACACGCUUCCUUCAACGGGUGAUUCGCGACAACCUCAUGGUCCAGGUGACCAUGAAAUUGGUUCGUGGAGUGUGAAAAAACGCUUCGGUAAGCUUAGGAUCGUCGAUUCCGCGAUACCACCAGCCGUGGAGAAGUUGCCAGCACCACCCAGACCACCGAAACCGCCUCAUAUGUUACCCGAAAAUCCUGGUCACAACUACCUGAAUCUAGACGGUGCUACUGAAAGCUCGAAACCGAGCACCCCAGCAACGCCGGCGCCGACAACACCUGCUGCCGCUACAACAACAACAACAACAACAACAACAACAACAACAACAACAACAACAACAACAACGGGUGCCGUGACCGAUGAGUCGUACGAUUUUCCUAGAUCUCAUCAACCGCAAGCGGCACAAACGACCGUCGAGAGCAACACGGCGGCGAUCGAACAGUCGUCGAAACAUUUCUACUCAAACGCUGCACCGAGUACCAUCAAUGACGAGACGCAGAAUGUGUUCCGCUACGAUUUCCACGACGUUGAGCCGUCAAGUCCGCGCUCUGAAAAUUCGAUCAUAGCGACAUAUUCGAAUUUACCGAGUCCUCUCGUACGAGACAGUUCGAGCAGUGUACCAACCACCAUGGCGCCGCCUCCGCCGAUGGUGUACAGAGAAUUAAAGCCGGGUAGAAAAACUAGUGACUCAAUGUCUAUCGUAAGCAACGAACCAUCACCAGGUCCGACAACAGCACUAUAUGAUGUGAGUUCCGCUGAACAUUCUCCGGCCGAACCGCCGACCAUCAACAGGAAGUUGAAACCAUCGUUGAAUAAAUCACCGGUGGAAGCACCUCAUCUACAAUUAGCGUCUCCACCUGGGAGAGGAAGAAUUCGAGCGGCACCCAGUCCGACACCUCCGUCGCAUGUGCAUUCGAUACGUCAUCAAUCGACAUCAGAUGAAGACAAUAACGCAUUCGAGGAUAGAGAAGAGAUAUACUAUUAUCAAGAUCACAACACAUUCAUUCCGGCGUCUAAUCGCUUAGUGGUGCUGCAGUAUCUGGAUCUCGACUUAGAAACGACAGAGAAUUUUAAUUCCUCGACGUUACCGCCCGCGCAACCCCUCCCAAGUACGACUGUGUACAAAACCGUAGAUUUCGUGAAGACGGAGGCUUUUAAUCGUACUCGGCAGCGAGUGGAGGAAGAGAGAAAACUGUGCACGGAUGAAUUAACGUAGAGAAUAAACUUGUAUUAUACGAACCAUAAAUAGAUUACAUGAAUGUUAAAUAGUUUAAGUAAUGUGUGUGGACUUUUUAUUAUGUUAUAUAGAUGAAAGAGAGGAUUUUUUUCUAUUUUAAGCACACUAGAAUAGCACAUUAGAAUAGUACUGCGCGAGAAAUACGGGAUGAACUUGAUCGCGAUAUCAACGCAGUACUUGCAGAAAGACAGCGUCCACCGCUUUACGAAGUAUGUCAUUUUAUUUUUUACGUAGCGACGGUUAGCUUCACAAAUUGGCUAUGCAGUUAGAGAGAAUCGAAUAUUGAAGUAUUGUACAGAGCAUAAAACGGACCAAAAAUGUAAUCUUAUAUAUAAAGGGAAGUGAACAGGUAGGGACAAACAGAAGUGUCGAUAGUUUCAAGAAAUAUCCUCAAUAAGGAAUUUCUGAUUGUGGAUAAGCAAAGUAUUAUUUAAAUCAUAAAGAUUCUCUUAUAUAUUUGGGUAUAAUUAUGGUUUCACAUAUUAGUUUUAUAUAAGGUUGACACGCGCGGGGCAUUUUUAUCAUCAACUAUGUGCAACGAAUAACUAAAUCUGUAAUAUUGUUCGUUUUAAGAGAUGUCCUAUUUUUAGCGUUAGAUAUAAAUGAUAUAUAAUAUUUUUUUAUCCUGUCGCAACGAAAUCCGUAUUACCAAGGCGAUUAGAUCAUAUUUACAAUACAUAUUACAAAAAUAGUUGAUUACA